AUGCUGGGUGAGAAGACCUGCAAGUGUUGUCUUCAGGAGACGGUGAUCGAAGGCACACCUUGGGCACUUCGCUUGCAUAUCGCCCGAUCGAGUGCCGGGUGCGUUGAAAUCAUCCGUGAGAAUAAAAUCAGGUCGAUUAGCGAUCUCUUUCAUGUUUUCCAGCAGCCAAGUACCGGUGCCGGGCUCAGUCCUCGCUGAUAGGUACACAGCUAUGGUUUCAAGAGACUGUGGCCCUCGUGUUUUUUAAUCGGCCAAAUAGCCUCCGUAUCGUCGGCAAUCUUCUCAGUCCUCUCAUAAAAUGUCAGAUUUUUCUUUGAACAGGUGGCAACUUCACUCUGACGGCCCCUUCAGCCUCUCUUGAGUAACUGGCACCCCGGUAGUGCUAUUUCGCAAUCGUUGAUGCUCUGUGGCAGCCAAGUUUCUGCUAUUGCUUUAGCAUUUCAGUGUAUAUUGUUUACCAGUAUUUUCAAUUUGCCGGACUCCGAAAACAGACUCUGGGCGUCGUUAUACAAGAAUUUCGGUGCAGAAUACUCGGCAGUGUCCAGGUCAGUUAGCCUUGAGUUUGACACUACUACGUUAACGUUACCAUAAUCAGCAUUAUUUGGUCCCUCUGCCACACAGUGUUUCUCCACAUUACUCGUCCCUUCGAAAUAGCCAUGAUUUUCUUUCUCCAUCUGCAGGUCUCCUUUCCAACUCGGUCACUAAUUUGCGGCAUUCAGACGUUCGUAUGGAGAGGAGUUAUGUUAAAGAGCCUUAUGAGAAUUCCGGGGGUUGGUAUUACUUGAGAGAAUCAACCUGGCCUCCUACUUCUCACCCGACACGACUUUAAUAGGUUGUGAUCAUGGUGGCGGCCGCGGCCUUGGCCACUGUUACUUCACUGCUCGUGUUUGGACAAACAACACUGUCUGGGGCAGAGUUCAGGAUCCUCAUGGGGGAUUUGCGAAAACGACAACGACGUCCUCUUUCUGAGAGCUUGUUCCGGACAAUACCUCGUGAAGUCAGCGUAGAUUACGCCAAUCCCACCCUCCUUUCCCCUACUACUACUACUACUACUACUACUACUACUACUACUACUACUACUACUACUACUACUACUACUACUACUACUACUACUACUACUACUACUACUACUACUACUACUACUACCACUACUACUACUACUACUACUACUACUACUACUACUACUGA